GCCAGCAGCGUUGGGGCUCCUGUUUGUGUGAGAGGACAUUUAAAUGGCCACAGCGUGAAGUCGCGCAGCUCCGUAAUAACGCGUUUAUUCAGGCAAACAGCCCCACCACCAGCACAUCGGCCGUCUCCCGGCUCCGUCUCUCCGCGUCUGAACCGCUAGGUUUGUCCGCAGAGCGUUGAAAGAUGAGCGACGAAGAGGACUUAAUGCAGAAAGCCCGAACCAGGUUCGAUGAUCUAUGCCGAGCCUUGAACAUGGACGAAGAGGCGAGUUCCGAGGCAUGGAGGAGCUACGAGAGCAUGAGCAGGAACUUCACUCUGGAGGGCAGCGAGCUGCACUGGUUGGCCUGUGCUCUGUACGUGGCCUGCAGGUCUUCGGUGCCGACGGUGGGGAAGGGAACCGCUGAGGGGAACUACGUCUCUUUGACCAGGAUCCUGCGCUCCUCGGAAAUGAGCCUGAUCGAGUUCUUCAGCAAGCUGAAGAAGUGGCAGGAUAUGGCCAACCUGCCGCAGGACUUCCGUCAGAGUACGGACAAGCUGGAGCGGAACUUCACCGUGUCGGCCGUCAUCUUCAAGAAGUACGUCCCCAUCUUCAAAUCCAUCUUCAAGGCGCCGUCAGAGGAGCCGCCUCGGGUUCACCGCAGCCGGAAACAGAGACGCCAUCCGUGCACUGUGAGCGAAGUCUUCAACUUCUGUUGGGUGCUUUUUGUCCACGCUAAAGGGAACUUCCCCAUGAUAAGCGACGAUCUGGUGAACUCAUACCACUUGCUGCUGUGUGCCUUCGACCUCGUCCUCACCAAUGCGCUGCUGUGCAAUGCCAGGAAAGACCUCCUCAACCCCGACUUUAAAGGUCUCCCAGAGGACUUCAACAAUAAGGACUACAGACCGUCUGCAGGUCCGUUCUGUUUCAUCCAGCAGCUGUGUGAGCUGCAUGAGGGCCUGGUGUUAGAGGCUAAAGGAGUCAAAGAGCAUUUUUGGAAACCCUUUAUCAGGAAGCUUUUCCACAAGCGGAUUCUCAGAGGAAAAGAAGACAGCCUGACUGGUUUUUUGGAUCCCAUGAACUUUGGAGACAGUUUCCUGUCGCUCAGCCGCCUCUAUGAGGAACACGUCUUGGCCACAGGGAGUCUGGAUGAGAGGAUCUUCACUGGAGAGGGGGCAAAUGAGAAUAUUGGGACCCCCGGGCCCUACCUUUGUGAAGGGAUGGAGAACCAGGACGGCGCCACCUACAGGCUGAGCACAAACCUCACAGCCUCCGCUCUGAAGGUCUCCACUCCUCUGACGGGGAGGAAGUACAUCCAGGAGGUCCGGCUGUCGUCUCCGCUCUCCUCCGCGAUGAAGAGCGUGGGGCGUCUUCACACUCUGCUCUCAGGGACCAAACACGGGCCGAGCGCCAAGCUGACCGAAACGCUGAGGGGCUGUGCCAGAGACCCAAGUGAUGCUAUUAGCCAGCGCCUGAGGGAGAUGUUUGACGUCUACUCGCAGCAUUAUGAAGGCAGUGGAGCUGAAAGCAAAGUGAUGGAGAAAGAGUUGGCUGUGAAGUACUUCCGCCUGGCAGAGGCGCUCUACUACAGGAUCCUGGAGUCCAUCAUAGAGAGAGAGAAGAUGAUCCUGGGAGAUGCUGACCUGUCUUGUAUUCUGGAGCAGGACGUCUUUCACCGCUCUCUGCUGGCCUGCUGCCUGGAGAUCGUCACUUUCUCAUACCGGCCUCCAGGAGACUUCCCCAAUGUGAUUAAGAUCUUCCAACUUCCUGCUUAUCAUUUCUACAAGGUGAUUGAAGUGAUGGUGCGCUCAGAGCAAGGCCUGUUUCGGGAGGUGGUGAAGCACCUGAACCAGGUGGAAGAGCAGGUUUUGGAGAGUCUGGCUUGGACAAGCGACUCCCCGGUGUGGCAGAGCCUCCGUUCAGCCAAAGUACCUUCAUGUCAGGAGGUGAUGCCUCCCCAGUAUCUGGAACAAAACGAGGAGGCCAACACAGGGAGCGUUCCCCUCACACCUGUCAAGUCUGGAGCAGAUCUACGAACCAACAGCGUCGUCAAAGGUGUGUCCCCCUCCCCCACAAGCCUGCAGGACAGAUACAGCUCCCCUCCCACUGGAGGCUUUCGUCGCCGCCUGUUUGUUGACCCGGUGGAAGGCGAGAGCGGCGUCACCGGCACACCACAGACCCCCAUGCAAAAGACGGGUCAGACAAGCAUGGUCACCACCAUCCCAGCAGGACAGACCGUGUUCACGGUGACCACCAACAGCGGGCAGACGAUGACCAUACCUUUGCACGGGAUAGCCAAUGAGAGCGGGAGCAUCACUCUCAUCCCUGUGCAGAUGAGUGGAGCCACGCUGCAGCCGAUCUCCGCGCAGACUCUCACCGCCACCCUUGCCAUCCAGUCGCCCGUCGCCAAACCAGCCGCCAAACCAGCCAGCAGCUCGCUGCGGAAAGGCUCUCUGUCUCUGUUCUUCAGGAAGGUGUAUCACAUGGCCAGCGUUCGCCUCAGGGACCUCUGUGCCAAACUGGACAUCUCGUCAGAACUGAGGAGGAGAAUCUGGACGUGUUUCGAAUACUCCGUGGUUCACUGCACCGACAUGAUGAAGGACCGGCACCUGGACCAGCUGCUCAUGUGUGCUGUGUAUGUCAUCGCAAAGGUGACGAAGGAGGACAGGUCCUUCCAGAACAUCAUGAAGUGUUACCGCACCCAGCCUCAGGCUAGAAGCAACGUGUACAGGAGCGUGCUGAUCUCUGGGAGGAGCAGGCAAGCCUCCGUUACCGGCGACCCAAACAAACAGAGCUCUGCAGGCGACAGCAGCCAGGAUCAAGCUGCAGACAUCAGUGCUCCUCCCAUCCCCUCCAAUAGCACCUUGUCGUCGCCUCAGCCCGGCAGCGCCCCCUCCAUCCUCACCAGCAGAACCUCCUCCUCUGUGGGUGAGAGGGAGCGAGGAGAUCUGAUCCUCUUCUACAACAACGUCUACAUCAAGCACAUGAGAAACUUUGCUCUGAGAUACUCGCCGAGCUCGCCGUCUACAGGGGUGGAGACGCCCCCUCUGUGUCCGUACCCCACCUUGAGGACGGGCUCUCCUCGCCGGAUGCUGCUGUCCAGCAAACACUCCAUUUACAUCUCGCCUCACACCGAAAGCCCCUCCCCCUCGCCGACCAACAGGGACCGGAUGUCUUACUACAUCUGCACCAGCCCACCCAAUCGCCUUCAGGAAAUCAACAGCAUGAUCCGGACCGGCGAGACGCCCAGCAGGAAGCGCAGCAUUCCCCUAGACGAGGAGGCGUCCCCUAAACGGGUUUGUCCCGACAACCAGACCACUCUGCUGCGCCGCCUGCAGGACAUCGCCAAUGACCGCAGCUCCUCCCACUGACAUUGACACCACAGUGACACACAAAGAGAAACCAGGACCAGCUCAGUCACGUUGGGGGGUUUCAUGUUUUUAACAACUCGGUUCCACUCCAGUCAGCUGCAUUUGUUCUCCAUGAGUGAGAAGAACGUGAGGACACACGUUUGAGAGCAGCAGUGGGAGUUUGAAGAAAUUC